AUGUUUUUUAUUACAGGCGCAGUGGGUGGCGAUGGAGACGGCGAUGAUGCUGAUGCCAAGGAAAAGGCAGAGGAAGAGGAAAGAGAACGAUUGGAGGCUAUCAAAGAAGCCGAGGAACGACGUAAGGAAAAACAUCGUAAAAUGGAAGAAGAAAGAGAAAAGAUGAGACAAGAAAUUCGAGAUAAGUACAAUAUCAAGAAAAAAGAAGAAAUAGUAGAACAAGCACCGCAAGAAGAACCAAAUCCAUUGAUGCGAAAGAAAAAGACACCUGAAGAAUUGGCAGCCGAAGCGGAAGCAGAAGAUUUAGAUGACUUUACGAAACUGAAAAACCAAAUAGAAACACAAGUAAAUGAGCUAAAGACUCAAAUAGAAGGAAAAUGUGUAAUGCAGUGAUAUGUCAUCAUGAUCAUAUAUAAUAUAUAUUAAAAAACUAAACUACAAUAAACAAAAAUUAAAAAAAUACCAAAAAAAAUUAAAAAAAAAUUAACAAAAAAAAUUCAAAAAAAAAUCAGUCAUCAUAGCACGCAAACAAAAAUAAGUUGUUGUAAGAGUAUAAAAUAAAAUUAAACAAAAAAAAAACCCAAGAAAAAAAAAUGUUAUAUAACAAAAUUCAACAAAAUUAAGAAACCAAAAACAUCACCAACUCAUCAUCAACCAUCAUUAUUUGAAAAAUCAUCAGAAUUUAAAAUAUAACUAAAAUGCAGACAUAAAAAAUCGUAUAUAUUCAUAGAUAUAUACAUAUAUAUAAAAUAAGCUAUAUAUACAUAUACACAUACAUGUACAUAUUAUUAUUUUUUUUCAUAUUAUAUAAACAAAAGAAAAAAAAUAUUCUAGAGAACAAAUAUAUAUACAAGUAUAUAAUAUUUAGAUACAAAAUAAUAAUAUGUAUUAAAAAACAUAGAAAUAUACGUAUAUAUACAUAUAUACAUAAAUAUAGAUAUAUAUGAAUAUAUUUAUAUAUACGUUCAAUAUGAUUUAAUGAAAUAUGUACGUUAUAUAUAAAUAACUAUACAUAUAUUUGAUAAUAAAACAAAUCACAACAAAAUAUACAACAAAACAAAAAGCUGACUGCAUAUAUAUAUAUAUAUAUAUAUAUUUAUUAUUAUAUAUUAUUAUAAAAUAUACAUUGUUACAAUAUAAUAUAUAGAGAAUAUUAAAUGAAUAUUACAUUUAUUAAACAAUUUACUCUUAAUUAUUAAAACAAAAAAUUAAAAAUUUCGUUCUAAUUUUGAUCCAGAUUUUAUCCAAACUCUUCAUAUUUUUUUCUUGCUGACUAAUUUCUUUAUUAAAUCUUUUGUACUACACGGAAUUGUACUAUGGAACAAUUCUUGAAUGAAAAACCUUCUAAAAUUACUCAACCAUAAAAAAAAAAAUUCUAAAUUAAUUAUUUUCUCAUAAACUACACGGUAUUAAAAAUACAAAAUUAACUAAGAACACUUAUAAAUUCGGGAGAAGAAAUUUCAAUUAAUUUUAAUUUUCUUUCUAAAACUCAACAUCAACAAAAUACACGAUAAAAAAAUUUCAAAAUACAUAGGUACAAUUAAAUUAUUAAUUAUUAUACGUCGUAUACGUAUAAUACCUUUUCAUUUUUAAUAUAAAUAUAACUUUUACAAUGUACAAUUAAAAAUAUAUUUAUAUUAUUUAAUUAAAAUACAUAUUAUAUUGUAUAAUAACGAUUAUGUGUUCAAAACCAAAGAAAUAUAAAAAAAAAAACAAAAAUGCAUAUUAUAUUAUACAAAAUAAUAAAAUAAAAAUCGAAAAUCAGCAACUUUCAACGACUUUAAUUAAAAAUCUUCAACAAAAUAUUAAAAACACUAAUAAUUGAAUCGAUAAUUUAAUAAAAACAAAAUUUAAUGAUUUUAUUAAAUUAAGAAACAAAAAUACUUAUAUGGUAUAUUUUAUUAAAUAAACUUUACUACAAUAUAAAUUAUAACAACUUGAUGUGUCCCGAGAACAAAGAGAUUUAAAUUACAACAAAUAAAUAUUGAGACAAGUAUAUACAUUUAUACAUAUUUAUAUUUAAAUAUUUAUAUAAGAAAACUGAAAAUAUAUUGAAAGAAUAUAACAAAAUUUUUUUAGUAAAUUCAGCAUUUUCAGAUGUUUUUGAAAAAGAAGAGAUUACAUAAUAUUUUGAGAAAAACUAAUUUUAAAAAUUUUGAAAUGCGAUUUUACACACUUUUGUAAUUAAUUUUGUAAAACAGACAAAAUGCUUUGUUGCUAUAACAAAAAUAUGUGUGUUGAUUUCUUCUUCUGAAUGAUAAUUUUCCGUGUAACAAAACCUAUAUAUUAUAUUAUUUGAUUUUUUUUCUACUUUUAACAUAAAUAUAAGCAUAUUAGUGUUAAUUCGUAUUAUAUAUUUAAUCGUAAUAUUAUAUUAUGCUGUAAAAAAAUAUUAUAUUCUUAAAUUAUACAUGUAUGUGUUUUCUUUAAAUAUUAUAAUUAAUAAUAUUAAAAUUAAUAAUAAAAUUAUAAAAUUAUUUGAAAAAUGAUUGUUGUAUACAGGAAAAUACAUUUUCUAUAUAAAUAUUUAAAUGUUGAUUUUUUUGAUUUUAAGUUAAAUGAAUAUAUAGCAACAAUUUUCAAAAAUACACUUUUUUUAUAUAAUGUAUUAUAUAAGAAUACUAUUAUUACUAUAAAUUAAUUUAACUUUUACAUAAAUCGGUAAAAUUGAUUAGAUAUUAAAGUAAAAUUAAUAAAAUAUUCAAUAUAUAUGCUAAUGAUUUAAUCUGGAUGAUAUAAUCGGUUUUCCUAUAAUCAAUUAAAUAUGAUGAAAAUUAUUUUAAAUACAAGACAUGAAAUGAAAACAGCAAUAUUUAUUAAAUGUCAAAAUAAAAAUUAUUAUAUUUCUUUUUGCGAAAUGCAUGAAUAACAAUUUUAAAAUUAACGUCUAUUACGAAAGCGAAGUAUGUUAAUUUUUAUGAGAUAUUUAAUAAAAUUGGGAUUCAUGAUUGCUUCAUGUUGAUUAAGUAAUUCUGUUUGAAUAUAUUUUUCUUCUUAAUUAAAUUUAUUUGAGAUACAAUAAUAUUAUAUACAUAUACAUUAAAAUAUAAGAUAUAAGCAUACAACCAUUGUAACAUAAUUACAAAAAAAGUCAUCGUCAGCAACAAUAUGUGUGUCAAUUAUUAAAGUGAAAAUAAAUUAAAGAUUAUAUAUUUAAAAUAAAAUACAAAUUAACACAUUUAUUAUAUACACUAUAUUAAUUAACACUAUUAGCUAAGAAGCAAAAAUAAAAAAAAAAACCAAAAAUAUAUAAAAUUCUAUAGUAUAUAGUGUUUUUUAUGUUUUUUUUUAAUAGCAAAAUAUAAUAUAAAGAAUUUAUGUAUAUAUAUGUAUUCAUAUAUAUGUAUAUACACAUAUAUAUAGAUAUAUAUAUAUAUAUAUAUAUAUCUAUAUAUUACAUAUUUAAGUAUGCAUGUAUAAUGUAAAUAUAAAAAUUUUAAUAAUUGAAAUAUUUGUUAUAAAAUAUAUAAUAAGAAUAACCUUUACAAAUUAUUUAAUAUUUAUGGAAAAACCAAAAUACUGUAUUUCACAUUAUAUCCAUAACGUAAUAAUCGAUUUAAAAUAUAUAUGUAAUAUGAUAUAGAUUACAGUUUUACAAUUUGAUUUCUGUUUUAUUUUCUUUCUAAGAAAUUUCCAUAAAAAUUUCUACAUUUAAUACCUAUAAUUUUAAUAUUUAUAAUGUCAUGAUUAAAAACAUUCACUGAUGAUAUUAUUUCACAGGCCAAUAAUUAAUUUUAUAUUAAUACUAAUAUUUCAUUGUAUUUUUACUUAUCAAUUUUAGUAAAAUCUUUUAACAAAUUUCCAAAUAAGCUGCCGAAGUGAAAAUUGCAUACAAUGUACAUACAUAAUUACCAAUUUUGAGAAAAUUCUAAUUUAACAAAACAGAAUCUUUUAAAAGGCCUGAAAAUUUACACUCCCCCAUUUAUUUAAAUUUAAUUUAAAGGAAUUUUAAUUUUUAUGUUUUUUGAAUGUAAUACGAAUAUUUUUCAAUACUUGUAAUUAAAAAGUGCUUUGACCACUAAUAUUGUUAUAUCAAAAAUCGACGGAAUAUAAAUUAUCCCAAAAAAAUCAGGUUUACAUAAUAAAAAGAAAUAAUAAAAUAAUAUAUUAAUAACAUUUCAUUAUACAUACAUACAAAUAUACACAUAUAUAUAUUCGUGUAUAUAUACUAUAUUUUUACAGAAAUGAAAGUAUAUUUAUAUACAUACCAUUUAUAUAUACAUACAUACACAUUUUAGAUGCCAUGUUAGUAUUAAAACAAUUCUGAUGUAAAAAAAAAUAAUUAACUUUAAAUCGUAAAAAAGAAGUUUCAUUGCAAAAAAAAAAAACAAAGAAGAAAAAUUAUAUAUGCAUAUAUACAUAUAUUAGAGUAAAUAAAUAAUAAUUAAAAUAAAAAAAUUAUAUAAAUCAAGUGAAAUUUUUUUCGAAAUUGUUUGUUAUAUUAAAAAAAAACAUAAGCUGUUUAAUAUACUUAUACAUUAUUAUAUUGUAUUUAAAAAAAAAUUUAAUUAAAAUGAAUAUUAUAUACAUACGUAUAAAACUGCAUUAAUAUAUGUAUAUAUAUUAUAUAUACAUAGAAAAGCGUAAAAAAAUGUUCUAGUUGAUAAAUGUGUAAAACUUGAGUUUAAAAAAUUAUUUAAAAAAUAAAGAAAAAAAUAAAUAACAAGCACAUUGAGUUUUAACUUCAAUGAAUUUUACAUUAAGCAAAAAAUAAAUAAGAAAAAAAAUAAAAUAAAUUAUAUAUAUAGUAGAAUUUUAAAUUGAUUGAAGACAUUAUUAUGUAGUUAAAGAACAAAUAAAAAAAAUUAUAUAACAAAAAAAAAAAAAAAGAAAAACUAUAUUGUUAUUUUUGAAUACACAGAAAAUAAACUUAAAAAAAAGCAUAAAUAUAAAAAAAAAUUUAGAAUCAUAGUUUGUUGAGAUUUAGUAACUUGAAGAAGCAGACAAUGCAAACAUUAUAUAAAUAAUAUAUUAAUUAUAUCAUAUACUUAUACAUUAAUAAGCAUAUUUGAAAUUUUAUAAUAAAAAAUAAUAUAAUAAAGAAUUGUGAAAAUAAAAAUGAAUAAAUUUCAAAUUUGAUUUUAUCGCAAGAGCAAACAAAACCAGAAUAAAUCAAUAACGAAGAAUUUUUCUUCGAAAUAUUAAUUAUUUCCAAAGAAUUAAUGAAAUUAUUUAUUAAUUAAAGAAAAACUUAUUAGUUUUUAUUAUAAUUAUAAUGAAUGUUCUGAAUUUUUUUUUUAAUUGGCUCGAAUCAACAUUUUUCUUAUGUAUAUACAUAAAUAUGUUUUUUGAAGAUUAUAUUUUUCAAUUUUCGGAAUUUUAUUGAAUUUAAAAUAAUUUAUUUGAUUUUAUAAAUAUAAAAUUCAGGUUACAAUUAAUUACAAAAUUUUCUUGACAUUAUUAAUCUUCUAAAUAUGAAUAAAAUAAUUUUUUUCAAAUUUUCUACUUUUUAAAAUUUUCCACUAUUCAUAUUUAUAAAAUGAAAUUCUCAAACAUUUCAAAUAAAUUAUAAUUAUACACAAUAUAUUAUUUCUUUUUUUUCUUAAAUAUUCACAUUUCUUGAUAAUUAGGCGAUAAUUAUAAUUCGCUCAUAAAUUAAUGUAAAUAUUUUCCAAAUGAUCAUAAAUAACCGAAUGAGUUAAAAGUUUAUUAAAUAAAAUAAAGAUUUCAAAAAAUAAUUAUUUUAUAUAAAUUUGAUUAUCAUUUUUGUGUUAUAUAUUAUACAAGCUUAUACGAAAUCACCUUUAAUCAAAGGAAUUUCGUAUUAGUUAAAAGAAAAAAUUCAUCAACUUUUACAACGAAAUUCAGGAUCCAAAAAUAAAACCAAAUAAUAAAAAGACAAAGAAACGAAGUUAAUCAAAUA